AUGGACAUCUUUGCCCACCGACUGGCCAUCGUCUGCGCCGGCCUCACCAGUUUCGGCUGGCAGCGUCUCGACAAGUCAGCGUACAAUCAUACUUUAUCAAUUCCAAAGAGACAUCUUCUGACUGAGGCUUCACUCUCGGCCAUUCUCACCGACACUCUGACCUUCUGGCAGGAGUUCUGUUUGGAGCUGCUCUUCCGCAUCGACGACGGUAUGUGUCUGCCUUCUCAGGGACUCUGCAUGGGUCCUGCUGUUGUCACCGGCUCUCUGCUGAACAAUCCAGAUCUGAUCGUCUGGUUCGAUGAGGUCCGACUGGCGUCGAAGACUUCGGCUGUCCCCAACGCCUCCACGAAAGCAUCACACACCGCCGUCCAGUCUGGCCGGCGAAGCAGCUCCCCGGUCGACGUGAAUAUCAUCAAAACCACGCAGCACUUUCUGCAAAGUCUCGAUCCCUUGAACAAUUUCGUGCAGCACAUCAAUUGGCUCAUCUGUUUCGGCAAGUACUCCUUCUAA